UUUUAUCUCUGCCUUCAAAAACUCUUCAACCAUUUAGGUUCACAUAUUUUGCUUAAUAUGUCAAGAACAUCUUCGCUUCUUCUAUGUAUUUUAUGUCUUUCUUUCUAUGUAUGCAAUGCUCGGCCUCUCGGUGCUAUCACCAAGGAGUCUCAGAAACAAUUUCACCUUCCCACCAAGAAUAUUGAUGAGAAGGUGAAGCCUGCUACCGUGUGGAAUAAUGAAGUUGGAGUAGCCAUUAAUGGAGAAAGAAUGCUGCUUAAGGAAAGUGAUGAGGUCCAUGAAGAUAGGCAUAGUAAGCCAAAACAAGCCAGAGCAGAUAAGAAAGAGUUGAAAGACCACAAGAGAGUGAUAGUUUCAUCAGGUUCUGCAAAAAAUGAGUCCACUCUUAUUUCUGUUUCUUGGCACGUGCCUCACCGGAAAGAAAAGGACCAGCAACCGGAGAUUAACUCAGACUACCCACUUCCACAGCCACACCCAGGAAUUCACAACUAAGCUAGCCCCCUGUGUGUGUGUAUAUAUAUAUAUAUCAUAAACCUACAAACUACAAGGCUUCUAUAUAUGAUCACUACUGUCUUAACACAUAUAUGAUAACAUUGUGGAUUUUAUGUGAUAUAUAUAUCAUGUUUAGAAAUAUUCUUAUGUUUGAUGUACAUUGGAUAAUGUCUUAAAGAAAAUUUGAGCUA